UAUCCCUCUCGAAGACUAUGGAGCAGCAACUCUUCACUGUCUUUGGCGCAACGGGCCAACAAGGAGGAGCGUUACUUCAAUACCUCUUCAAUCAUCCACGGCUCUCGAAAAUUUACAGGCUCAGGGGUGUGACGAGAGAUAGCAAGAAGCCGGCUGCACGAGCCCUGGUAGAGCAAGGGGUUGAGAUGGUGGAGGCCGACAUGAACGAUCCUGCUUCCUUAGAAGCAGCGACUCAAGGUUCUCACAUAGUCUUCGCCAUGACUGACUUCUGGUCCGCCGGUUCAAAAGAAACCGAAAUAGCUCAAGGAAAAGCCCUAGCCAACGCCGCUCUUGCAACUAAAGCUCAUGCACUAAUCUGGUCCUCACUCCCACGAAUCGGACUCCCAAACUUUGACGGAAAAGCCGACGUGGAAGCGUACAUCCGCAACCUACCCAUGAAAUCACUAUUCUACAUGCCAGGAUGGUUCAUGCAGAACCAGCUUUCCUUCUCCAAGCCCGUCAAACAAGCCAACGAGAAUCAGCAAGGCGGCGAGACGUAUAUCCUGAAACCGCUGUUUCCGGGCUGCGAAGCGGAUACUUUGGUGCCGUUAGUGGAUAACGAGGAUAUUGGCAAGUACCUGCAGCCGUUUCUGGAUGAUCAAGACAGAUAUAAUGGAGUUGGGCUUGUGGCGAGCUCGGAGUUCAUGACGCCGAGGGAUAUGUGUGCUGUGUGGAGGAAAGUUACGGGGAAGGAGGUGUGGUUUGAGAACGAAGAGGAGGUAAAGAGGAUUGAUCGAGGAGGGGAGGACUCGUGGUAUUAUGGGGAUGGGAGUAGGAAGGCGUUGGAGUGGACGCUUGAGCAGAUGGAGGGGAAGACUACGAGUUGGGAGGAUUUCGUUAAGAGGGAGGAGGGGGCUUGGUUUUAG